AUGUUCUACGACUGUGUGGAUGACCAGUAUAUUGGCUGCAGCUCCAUGAGGCAGAAGUCGAGAUAUAUCCCUUUGGAGGGAAAGUAUAAUAAGACCUGGGAAACGGCCAGAAGCCACUGGUACAGGCGUGGCCAAACCAGGCGUGGCCAAACGGUCGGCAGCUUCGAUCCCAUUUAUGGCACUGCGAUUGUGGCCUACACAGUCGGAGACGACCUGUACAGAGAUUUCAAUACCGCCGUACGAGAAGCCGGGAAAUCCCAAAAUUCUUACGACCAAUUUGCCUUCAAGCACUUCUUCUUCCUCCUAACCAAGGCUCUCCAGGCCAAGAAGACUGACGACAGAUGCUAUGAGGUCUUCCGCGGGAUAAAAGGGAUCCAUUUCACUGUCUCCGACGAGGUGGUUCGCUUCGGACAGUUCGCUUCCUCCUCGUUGGACAAAAAGGUGGCCCAAAAAUUUGGCGAGGACACCCUCUUCUCCGUCAAGACCUGCUACGGAGUGCCCAUUUACGACUUCUCAUACCACAAGGACCAAAAGGAAGUUCUCAUCCCACCCUAUGAGACGUUCACCGUGAUCAACCACAAGAGCAACCGGAAUGGGGUCUUCAUCAGGCUGGAGUCCCGGGGUGUAUUCAGCCGCUUCAACUGUGGAGUCCUGAACGGAGACACCAUGAGGAACCCGACCAUCCAGAUGGUCCCGCUCUUGUGUCUGAUCGGAUUCUUCACCGGACCUUUGCAGGUACAAACGGAGCAGCUACAACAGCAGGAGUGUCCACCUCCUUGA